AUGGCUUCCACAAGCGCCACGCUCAUCGUCCUCUUCGUGGCCGUCGUCUGCGGCGGCUCCGGCGCCGUCGGGGCGGCGAACUCGGCGCUGGACCAAGUCUGCGAGUUCGUGGGUGCUUCCUACGUCACGCCGGAGCUCUGCGCCUCCGCGCUCUGCUACGACCCGGCGUUGCCGUGCCGCGACGCGCGCGACUACGCGGCGGUGGCGUCGCUCGCUGCUAGGCUCCUGGCGCGCAACGCCACCGCGACCAGGGACAGCGUGGCCGUCGCCGCGAGGUCGGCCAACGCCACCGCGGGCCUCAAGUCGUGCCUGCAGCUGUACGACGGCCUCGUGCCAGCGCUGGAGUGGGCGGUGGGGUCCGUGGCCGCGGGGCGGGCGUACGGCGCCGCGCAGGAGCUGAUGCAGGCGACGCAGUUCGCGCAACGGGCGUGCGCUGGCAUGGUCGGGGCGGAGAUGCCCAGGGAGAACGGCGGCUUCGCCACGAUGGCCACCGUCGCGCACGCCGUCCUCUCCACCCCCGUUCCAAAGACCGACUGA